AUGAUCACCAGAGUGGCGCUGGCUGGAAAAGGCCGAUUCGGUUCGGUGGUUCUAGAUGAGGUUCUUAUGGCCGGUUUCAAGCCUACAGUCCUGACACGGUCGGCAUCCACGAUAAUGGGUGUGUCCGAUGGCGUCCCAGUCUAUGAAGUGAACUAUGCUUCGGAAGAGUCUCUUCGAGAAGCCUUGCAGGGCCAUGAUGCCGUAGUUUCUGCGGUUGCCGGUACAGCAAUCGCAAGCCAGAAGCCGCUCAUUAACGCCUCUAUUGCAGCCGGAGUCAAGCACUUCAUCCCGGCUGACUAUGCCAUGAGUCUCAAGAGUACCGAAGUGCGAGCGCUACCACCGUAUACAGAUGUAAAGGAAAUUGAGGAUUACCUUCGCGCAAGGUCUGCCGAUAUAGAGUGGACUAUUGUCGCUUGCGGUGGGUUUCUAGAAUACAUAUAUGACCUGCCGUUUCUCAUCGAGCUGGACAAGCGCAAGAUUGAUAUUAUCAAUGAAGGUGAUAUCCCCUUCAGCGUUUCGGAAUUUCGUACUGCUGCCAAAGCUGUCGCUGGCGUCCUCCAACAGCCUGAACGGGUCUUUGAUCAUUGUGUUCAAGUCCAUGCCAUGACCAUCACACAAAAUGGCACUUUUGAUAUUGUGAGAAAGUACGAUCCGAAUCCUGAUGAUUGGACAGUCAAUGAAGAGGACGCAGAAGUCAAGUUCAAGCAGGGGAUGGAUAUGCUGCAGAGAGGGGAGCUGACUAUGGCGGCUGUUACGACUCUGAUGGCUGGAGAAAUCUGGGGUGGCAGGUGUAAGGUGGCGUUCGAAGAGACGGAUAACGAGUGGUUAGGAGUACAACUGAUCUCGCACGAGAGGCUAGAAAAGAUUUUAAAGAGCAAGGUUACAAAGGUAUUAGCAGCAUUGCUUCUAACCAGAUUGUUAGCAAUUACUGAUUGCUAG